CAAGCCGAAUUCGCCUUACCCAUCCAAGCUAGUAUCCAACGGUACCCCACACUGCCUCCAGUCCCUUUCCUGUUCUCCCCGAGAAGAGACGAGACUCUGAAGUGCGCGAAGUGGUGUCUUGAUUGGUGCAGAGUACAUGUAAGCGCCGGCAAGUGCCCGUGUUGAUCUCGCAGUGCUGUUGACAUUUACCUUACUGUUAAACUCAAUUCGAUACAACAACCCCAAACUACACAUCACCCACGCACCAAGCCCGUUUCUUACCAACCGAGUACCUCAAAAAGACCACACAGACAGACCUAGGUGUCGAUUAAUAGGUGUAGUUAAACGCCUUCACUCAGCUCAUCGGUGUGGCUGAUUUCCACAUGAAAUACACACCAAAGACACACAGUAAACCCCCCACAGAUUUCUCGGCAAUCUGCAAGCCUCAGCACGCGACAGACACUCCAAAACUCUUCGGCCAAGCGGCAAACUCCCCGCUUCCCCAAAUUCGAUCUCCGGUUUCAUGGGCCUAGAUCUACGUCUGUUCUUUCCUCGUUUCGAUCAAUUACUGUACAGGUCCCAUUGAAAACAUUUCCACACCCCAAGUGACCAACCACACUGCCUUGAACACCUUAUCUGAACCUAUCAUACUAAGCUUUCUUGGCUUUCGCCCCGUGCGUUCGUUAUCAUGGCCUCUUGGCGAGGGAGGGCUAAUCAAGAAUGCUGUCACAAUAGUGGACAGCUCCGUUUACGGAUGGCGAAAUGCUUGUUUGGUGGUUUCCUUUGAUGCGGCGAGAUAGAUUGAUGGAUAGGUAUGCAAAAUCUCGGAUGUUAUUUCAUAUAGAAUGUGGUGCGCCGUCUCGCUUGACGGCCUCUCGGGACAUAAUGCGACGGGCAUGCGCAGGUCCGAAUAGCUUGGCUGGUCAACACUCUAAACAAUAACACCUUCAACAUCAAAUAACAAACAAACAACAUUUCGUCAUGGCAGGCGGCGGCGGUGCAGCCUCUGGCGCUAUCUCUCCGCCUUUGAGCCAGGCCUAUGGCUACGGUAUUGUUGUUGGCCUUGGGUUCUUGUUUUGUUUCUUGAUGAUUUUCUUGACUUGGGUUUUGAAGAGAUACAACAAUGAGUCUCAAACCUCAGAAAUGUUCAACACCGCCGGCAGGACCGUCAAGUCCGGCCUGGUUGCCUCGGCAGUCGUCUCUUCCUGGACAUGGGCCGCCACGUUGCUGCAGUCUUCUGGCGUGGCCUACCGAUAUGGCGUGUCUGGUCCUUUCUGGUACGCUUCAGGAGCUACUGUUCAGAUCAUUCUAUUUGCAACACUUGCCAUUGAACUGAAGAAGCGAGCUCCCAACGCACAUACCGUACUCGAGGUUAUUCGUGCCCGAUAUGGCCGAGUUACUCAUUGCGUCUACAUCUGCUUCUGUCUGUUUACCAACAUCCUGGUCACUUUGAUGCUCAUCGUAGGCGGCUCGGCCGUGAUGACAUCUCUCACUGGAAUGUCUACCGAGGGUGCUUGUUUCUUAAUUCCCCUAAGUGUAGUCAUCUACACCACGUUUGGCGGAAUCAAAGCCACAUUCCUCAGCGACUACGUCCACACCGUCAUCGUCAAUGUUAUCAUCAUCAUAUUUGCGUUUACUGCUUAUUCGACCGGAAGCAAAUUGGGAUCCCCCUCGGUGGUGUACGAUCGCCUCGUAGCCGCAGCAGCUUCACACCCCGUGGAUGGAAAUGCCCAAGGUUCUUACCUGACCAUGCAGUCGCGAGAGGGGAUUGUCUUUUUCGUCAUAAACAUUGUAGGAAACUUUGGAACCGUCUUCAUGGACAAUGGAUACUAUAACAAGGCCAUUGCGGCUUCUCCCGUCCACGCCCUUCCAGGAUACAUCAUCGGCGGCCUGGCUUGGUUCGCAAUCCCGUGGCUUUGUGCUACCACAAUGGGACUCUCCGCCCUGGCUCUCGAGGGCAGCCCGGCGUUCCCAACCUUCCCCGACCGAAUGUUGCCUGCCGACGUCACGGCGGGUCUGGUUCUGCCUUAUGCUGCUGUUGCGCUCCUUGGCCAGUCGGGCGCCAUUUGCACACUGAUCAUGAUCUUCAUGGCCGUGGCCUCGGCUUUCUCGUCCCAGCUGAUUUCGGUCUCUUCCAUCGUCACAUACGAUAUUUACCAAACAUACAUCAACCCAUCUGCAAAGGGCAAGAACCUUAUUGCAGUCUCACACGUUAGUGUCUGCGCCUACGGUAUUAUCAUGGCCGGUUUCUCGGUUGGCCUUCACCAUGCCGGUAUUUCUAUGGGAUGGCUCUAUCUUUGGAUGGGCGUCAUGAUCAGCGCUGCCGUCAUCCCAGCCACCCUGACGCUCUUCUGGAAGCGUCAGAACAAGUUCGCCGCUGCGGGCGCUCCCAUCCUCGGCCUCAUCUGCGCCCUCGUGGCGUGGACUGUCACAUGCGCGCGCGAGUUCGACGGCGUGCUCUCCAUCGAGAACCUAGGGUCCAACAGCCCCAUGUUGGCCGGCAACGUGGUCGCCCUGCUGAGCCCUCUCGUCUUCGUGCCGGUACUCACUUUUGCAUUCGGCGCUGACGACUACAAUUGGGCGUCCAUGGCCGCGAUCGAACAGGCCGACGACGAUAAGACCUCGGGUACCGAGGGCGGCGAGCUCGAGAGCGGCAACGAUCGCCCUGCCUUUGCCGUCGUGGCGCCCGAGCAGGACAUGGCCAAGCUGCACAGGGCGUCACGUAUCGCAAAGUGGCUCACCUGCCUGAUGUCCAUUUCGUUCCUGGUCCUAUGGCCCAUGCCCAUGUACGGGUCGGGCUACGUCUUCUCCAAGCCCUUCUUCACCGGGUGGGUCACGGUCGGCAUGAUCUGGAUCUUUGCCAGCACGGCUGCAGUCGGCGUGUUCCCGCUCUGGGAGGGUCGCUACAGCAUCCUGCGCGUUGCCAAGGGUAUGCUGGGCAUGAAGACCAAGAGCAGCGGUUCGGACGAGCCUAUCGAGGGUGUGGUUGCGUACGAGUCAAAGGCGGACUCGGAAGAAAAGAAGCGGGAAGACUAGGUCAUUGGUGGUUUCUUGUAAGCCCGUCGUACGAUGCGGGCCACUUCGGGGUAGGGGGCGGAAGCCGGGCUGAAUUCAGCUGGACGCCAGUCUAUCCUGGAGUGAGUCUUCCGAGGGCUUGGCCUAGAAGAAAAAAAGAGUAGUUGACGAAUACACUGGAUACCCUGCUUAUUUACUUUCCUAGAAAGGCACUUGAUUGGAGACUCAGACAGGGUGAGGCGGCAGGCUACAUUCAGACGAAGCCCGAGAAAAAGGUUCAAGGAUUGACAUUUGUCAGUUGAAUGGAACGACUAAUUAGCGUAUGCAAAUCCCUAAGCGCGCUAAGAUUGAGUAGAUCAAACCGAUAUAUUUUGAUGGAUGAA